CGUACUUGCACUUGGGUGGUCGCGGAAGAUGCGCCACGAUUGUUUGCUGAAUUCGAUGUGACGCUACAGUGCGACUCUAGGGUGCGUUUGCGUUUGGACAAACAUUUCUACUUCUGUGUGACGAUAUCAGAACUCGUUCCUCGUCUCAUCCCUCUGGUCAACAGAUAAAACGCCGUCUGCUCACUCUCGUUCUCACAUAUACCAUCGAAACUGGGUGCAGGACGAACAACUUCUACUUAUCUAGUAACGACUUAACAACUUUCCAGACACCUUUUCUUGUUGGACUAGUAUCUGAAUUAGAGAGGCCCAUAAAAAGGUCGAAGAACAAAACAGAUAUCGACGAAAGAUAACAGAGCAAGACAGCAUCCACCAGAACAACAUGUCAGAUUUCCACCGUUUCCCCCAGCGCAAGGAACACCACAUGCCCCCCAACAUCCGCGGCGAGGACGAAUCAGAAAUCCAAAUGCUCACACGGUUAAUCGAAGACCUCUCCUACACCCUCCUCUCCACAUCCCCGCCUCAACCCCAAUCCUCCACCACAUCUCCCUCGUCCUCGAAUACAUCAUCCCAACACACGUCCCGACGCGCAGACCCCCAGAGUACAACACUCUGUCUUGUAGGUCGUCACCCCGUUCCCGCAUCCGCUCCUACAUCCUCCUCUUCCCCGGACCCCGAUGCGAGAUUCUUAGCGGGCGUAUACAGACUUCAUCGCUCUGGACUCUCGAAGACGCUUGACUAUGGACCUGAAAGCGGGGGCAGCAGAGUGGAGGCGUUGAGACGGUUGCUGGAUGUUUUGGAAGGAGAGGUUGGGAGGGGGUUAGAGAGGGAUAAGGCUGUGGUGAUGGGGAAGAGAGGGGGCAAAGGAGGGGAUGAGGAUGGGAGGAUUAGAGCGGGAUUUGAGGAGAGGGAACGGGAGAGGGAUAGGUGGGGGACAGCUGCUGGUAGUGGUAGUAGUGGAGGUAAGAAGGGGUUGGAAGGGGGGAGAUAUUUUUAGGGGAGGCCUUGUACAAGUUCUUCCUUCUUCUUUUCAGCUGUAGAGAUUAAGUAUUACUGCUUACUGCAACGACAAGGGCGCCUACAUUUCGGGCGCGUACCUAAGUACAUGCCAUAGGCGACGAAAGAUAUAUCGAUACAGCAAUACAACCAAGAUGAACUUUCUGAUCUUGAAAUCUCGAAUCAUCCAGUUCCUCUAUACCACACAACGUACAUCUAUUCCACCUAUUCCAUUUCAUUCAACUUCACAUCUCGACCGCCACUACCCAAACCACGCCCCCGACCCCAAAACAAUCACCCUCCCCACAAAAAACGGCACAACUUCUCCGAACCAAAGCCACAGCCCUCUCUUCAAAGAAUUUCUCUCUACAUGUUUCUCCUGUUCCCCUUCCCUGCCCUUCCCUUCCUCCAAUGCUCUCUCCCUCUCCGCCUCUUCCCUUUCAUCCCUGCCCCUCCAAGUCAAC